AGCAGGUCCCCCACCCCGCACUAGGCCCAACCCGUUUUCGAAAUACCCCCCAAGGAAAAUACGUGAUUGAGUUGUGCAAAAAGUUCGUCCGCAAUCGCCCAUACGCAUACCAUGAUUGCUUUUUGCCGGUUUAUGUAUCCCAUUCGCUACCCCUUGUCUACUUUAUCGCUUAAUAUCACCUCCCCACGCAUUUGGGUUAGUACUUAUUUCUACACUUAGAUGAGAAGCACCAUUAUAACAGCCCCUCUCUGGUACUGGUGACCUCGUCAUCCUCAAUCUCCCAAAAGGAGUACCAUUUAUCACUUCCCAACCUCUACAGAAUGCCGGUCCAGGAUCUCGACCUCCAAGCGGUCGCGGAACCGCACGAUUUUUUCGCGCCGCCGGAAUCUCGGGAGGACCGCGAGGCGCUGGGCUGUGGCUCCGUUUUCAUGACGGUGCUCCUCUGGGUAUCCUUACUCUCAAGCGGAGUGUAUUUCUACUCGGAUAGCUACAAUAGGAGUUACCUCCUGUCCCUCGUCGGACUGAGCGACCCGCCGCGAGCAAGCAGGCCCUUUGUGGACAUAGAUGAGUCGUCCCCGUUUAUUUCAACACAACUUCAUCCCGCCCGAGAUCGCUAUUACGGAGCAGACAACUAUUUUGACGACACUCAACAGCUCCGCACCACCGGUACAACUAGUUCGUCUACGUUCGGCAACGAAUUCCUGCUAGACGCGUCCUCUCGAGAGGACACCACGCACCAAACUAUCCUGGUUUUUCUCGCGGUGAUUUACUUCGCCUAUCUCCUCCACGCGUGCUGCUGUGCGACGACAGCGGAUUACGUUGCCAACGUUUACAGCGAGUCGGAGUUCGAGGCGUAUCUAAACGAGGUAAAAUCGUCCAAGCCGCGAAUAACGUGGAGCAUCCGGUGCUACCACUACGAAACGCGGUACGAAACGACGCACGAGACGGACUCUGAGGGCCGCACCCGCACCAGAACGCAGAGCAAGAGAGUCGAGGUCACGACGCACCGGGCGCAGGAACGGUUUCCGGUUUCUUUUUCCUUGGAUCACACCUUCACCUACACGGAAAAGGUGCGAGCGAGGCUCCGGGCGGUGGCUUUGCGACGGGCAGCGGCCGUGGAAAGGAUACGGAAUAGUGGGAUUCUGGCGAAUCCUGCUGGUGAUAAUGCUAGUGGUGCAUCAACAUCCUCGCAACCGCUGAGGCAGUUUGUCGACGGGGAUGACCCAGGGCAGGAGAAUACUAUCACAAGGGGACGACAAGCGGCAGCCGGGGGAAAUGAUAACCGAGAGGACGAAUCUGAGAUGGACGUGUGCGUGAUCUGUAUGGACCGCCCCGCGUUGUUUAAGUUUCUCCCCUGCAACCACCAAAUUGUCUGCGGCUCGUGUGGGAACGAGUGGAUGCAACAGAACGGCACGUGCUGCAUCUGCCGGGAGACGGUGAACGAGUGCGUGGACGCGGCCGUGUUGGAACAAGUGGAGCAGUUUCUGAACAAUAGCGCGCGUGGUGCAGGAGGAGCUCCUGGUGCUGGGGGUUCUUCCUCUAGUAACCCACUGCUAUCGCAGUUUCAGUCCGGCGGGACAACAACAGGAGCAUUUGGAGUCAAUUCGACCUCUGCUCGCAGUGCAACCACAAGCGUGUCCUUCAUCCUGGUCGAAUUUCCCUUGGACUUAAAACCGCGAGAUUCCACGACCCGAAAUCGGAUCGAAAGGAUGAAAAAUGACUUUUACCGGCGCAACCGUUGGGACACGCAUCAGGAAACGUCCGAGUCGAAAGGGUUAGACUUCAAGUACUAGACGGAAAAAUGCCCCCUCCCCAUAUUAAAACACAAUUUCUGAUGCUGGAUUUGAAUACACAAAUCACAUUUGUGUUGCAGUAGAGGACUGCACGCAGAUCCUAAGCCUAGGCAAGGGCCUUUUGGUCUAGGCGUCUAGCAUGGUACACGGUUACUCUGUAGGCCUUACAGCAUUACAAAGCGCCUGCAUAACGCGGCGGACAGCCUGUGUGUGCCUUCUUGCAAGACAGACCCGAUCUGUGGUCAUAAAUGCGCAUCACGUGAUGGGCUUUCAAUAUGGGGAGGAGGGACUUUGCCUUGCAAUAUCAAGUUCCUGGCCCGGGUGUCGUUUUACCCGGGGAGCCGAAAACCACCGUGGUUGAGCAAGUGGCGGUACUACGUCUUCAGCCUUUUUGGUUUCGCUUUGUACUACCGCUAUCGAUUACUGCAUUCUGGGAGGAAGGAAAAUUGGUGGGUCACGAAGAGAUUUUCGUGAGAAAUAAGUAUAAUAAAACUAAAACGGCUAGUGUUUGUUCAUACAUCAUCUCUCCCACGUAAGAAAUUGAAUUUACCUCAGUUGAUUCCUAGUUUCUCCAACAGGGUGCAAUGAAUUUGUUUUUACAUGCUCAUGAUGAAAGUCAAAAACUGUGUGAAAAUUAAAGACUCUGGCACUUCAGCGCCCAGGCAGAGGUUGCUGCGUUUCUUUUCAAGAUUACCAUGGCACGAGACCAACCAUCCUAGCGAUUACUAUA